AUGGAGAAAAUUUUUCUUCUAACAGCAGCGGUUCUUUUACCUGCAGCGCUAUGCGAGGAAGAUCCGACAACGGACAUUAUCACGACACGACCACCCUCGCAGUUUGCUCCAGAGGAGGUUGAAGAACAUGAAACCAUUCAUGUCACGUCUCGUUAUCUCCAAUCUGGUGGCGGUGCCACAUACUGUAAGAACGGCUCUAUGACAGAAGACGAAGUUAACUGCCAAAUCCUUCCUAUCAUAAACCACAAGCGCUUCGCCCUCGCUGAUGGAAUGCAACUAAAUGGAGGGCUAGGAGCAAUGGCAUCUAACUGGGGAUUGGAAUACCUACCACCAGCAAAAAAUAUGAACAAGUUGACCUGGAGCUGCGAUUUGGAAAGAAAAGCCUCAGAUGCCUUAGAUAGCAUGGUUAGCAGGUGUGAAAUAUGGGAGAUGGAUGAUCCAAAUACUGGUCAUGGCUAUGCUUUUUGGGCCGAGUACUUGUAUGAAGGCUACAUGUACAUUGGCUUGUCGAGCAUACUUCGUCAAAUGGUCUCCACAAUUGACUAUCGUAAUUUCACGUCAGUGUCAAGCGAAGCAGUAGCAUAUUCGGGUUUAACGGAUGAGACCGAUUUGAAAGGCUAUGCUAACUUAAUGCGCUCCACGGCUACGAAGAUCGGUUGCUCUUACAAAAGCUGCGAGGACGGGCACGGGAUAUUGACCAAAUAUUUCCAUUGUAUCACUGACCAGCCUGACAUAAAACCGGGAGAUAACGUGUACGAAGUUGGUAGCGGUAGCUGUGAUUGUACUAAUUUCUGCGAUCCAACCGGUUUAUGCACAGUUUCAAGACCUGCUCCAGCCUGCAUUGAAGCAAUAUUCCCUAAGCCAACUACUGAUGACCCGGACACUAUUUGCGCUCAUGGUGAUAUGACCGAUGCACUCAGAAUACUUAUGAUGGAUAUGCACAAUAUACGAAGAGCACAGUUGGCAAGAGGACAGCUUAGAUAUGGUGGAAGUAUGUUGCCAUCUGCCAGUAACAUGAAUCGUUUGGUAUGGUCUUGUGCUCUGGAAAUGGAGGUUCACGAUUACCUAGCCAAAUGUCCUACAGAGGGAUAUAAAGAACCAGCUUGCUUGAGUCCAGCAGAUAAUUUCUAUCGCGGUGCCAUUACCAGCGAUUUAUCUACAUUCAAAGAAAUGACCAUAAAAACGAUCAGGAUAUGGUGGGAUGUUUAUCAAAACUACCCUAAUCCCGGUCCAAGUGCAGUCUUUAACGAAUCACUAGUUGGCACUCCCAUAGAGUCAUAUACACGAAUGGGUUGGGCUCAAACUCGGGAGAUUGGCUGCUCCAUUGCUAAAUGUGGUGAUGAAUACGUACUAUCAUGCCGUUACCGGCCAAGUGGAAACAUUGUCAAUAAUCCAAUGUACAAUGUCGGCCUCGUAUGCUCCGAGUGUUACAUUUUUGGAGCUGGAUCAUGUGGAUCCGGUGGACUCUGUGGUUAAGCACACAGGAUCAAAUUAGUCGAUCAGAAAACUUUGUUGUGACCAGAUGAUAGUACUCAAUUUUUCUAACGCUUAUGAAAUGGAGAUUUCUAGCUCAGCUUAUUGUGUUUAUAAUAAGAUUUCCCACAUAGCCACAGUUUUGCGAAAGUAUUUUAUUUUUCCAGUAAAUACAGGUAUACAUUUGUUCAGCUCAAAUUGUCAUGAGUUUUCGAGGAGCGGAAAAGAUAAGAAAUGUAAUUUUUGAACAACAGUAG